GGAGCAUGUGGAGGGAAAGACGGACGCCCUGGAGCCUCGACCAGUGGCCUGGGACACCCCUGCCGACACAGCGACAGCUCAGGAGCCUCACCACACUACUCUUGAGCCCCAGGCCAGUCUGAACCCGUGACGGGCCCUUGUCGUGGUCCCGAGGCAGCGCCCGGUUAUGAGAGCCGCUGGUGCUGCUCCCGCCUACAUCGGUUGCCCUGGGACCUCUGUCUAGCGGCCCCGGCUGUCUCGGCAUUUUCCCGGGCACUCAGCUCGGGUGGCAUUUCAGCCCGCGGUUUGUACCUGCUGGGGAUGGAGUGAGGCCCCGCGGGGAGCCCCAGGCCACAGACUCUAUGUCCUACUUGCUGCUAAACAAAAUAGCCUCCAGUCUGGCGGUGUCUCUGCUGCGUGGAAAUCUCUGGAAACUCACUGAGUUCCACGCCCACAAUCGAGUUGGGGAGGGAGUGCUUGCGGGGAGGUGGGCCUGCACGUGGGGAGAAUGUGCUAGAAGGCUUCUCUGCAUGGCCCCCUCUUCUGGAUCCUCCAGGCCCCAGAGCCCAGAGAAGGAUCCCGGAGUUCAAACCCUGGCCACCAACCAGGACGGGUGUCCCUGCCAUCGUCAGUGGAGGAAAGAAAAGGAAGCCAGCCGGUGUGAAGCCAGCAGCCCCGGGCCUGCCCCACAGUCUGCCUGGGAGGUGGUGGCAGGGUGCAGAGGGGGGCACGUGCAGGCUGAGGAGAGGCAAGGAAGGAGAAGGCCGCCUCCUCCUCCCCUCCUCCUCCUCCUUCUCCCACCACCACUGCCCUCCUCCUCUUCCUCCUCCUCCUCCAUCUGCAGGGUGGUGGUGGGACACCUGGCUAACCUGUUCACCUAAGCAGCCAUCGGCCAUGUGGCCUCUGGGGACCCACAGCGUGGGUGGACUAGGAGGGUCUCCGAGGAGGACCUCAGCACCCUGUUGGGAUGAUGCUAAAAGGCCCGCGUGGCCCGCACCCUUGACCGUGGACGCCCGCCCCAGCCUCUGCUCCCUGCUUGAAAGCGUGCGUCCCGUUAGGGACUCUCGAGACCCACGGGCCCGGAGAAUGACCUCUGACCUCUUGAAGGACGCAGGCCAGUGGAGGUCAGCCGGCACCCGGGGAGAUAGGUGCGGGAUGGAAGGACAGUUUGGGGUUGGCCCCGGAUGUUGGGUGCGUUACUUUAAAGCCAUAGACGAGGGUCCCCUUGCCCAGGGAAGGACCGGGUGUGACCAGAAGGUUGGCGUGCCGACAGGUCACUCGUGUGGCUGGCCCUUUAUCAGGUCACUGGCUGGCUGGCUUGUGAUGUCACCCCCCAAGUAACCGGAGCCCCUUUGUGAUGUCCCCGGGCCACCCUGUUAUCAAGGGGUGCGGCCGGCCACGCCGCACUCGCAGGUCUACAGGAAGGAGGGACGUGCCGGAGCAGAGUAUGGCCAGCAAGGAGAAGCGGGGUCCGCUGGGCCCGGCGCGGGGCUUGGGGCCGCCGCCCUCCCCUCCAGAAGCUGGGGCUCCUGCCGCCGCCGUGGGCUCGGAGAGCAGCGCUCCUCCAGCACAGCCUCCCCUCACCCUGGUGCAGCCGGUGUCCCCUGGGGACCCCGGCUUCAGGCUGCUGCUGGAGGAAAACGCUUUCCAGGCCUUGACCCAAGAGCCUCUGCUCAAAAGGCCACGCACCUCCCAGGACGCCCUGUCGGUGGGAGAAGGCAGCCUCCUCUGCCUGCCCUUUCCCAAGAAGCUGUGGGCCAUCGUCAACAGCACCCAGUUUGCGUCCAUUUGGUGGGCCAAGGAUGGCACCUGCAUAGGCAUCAACGAGAAGCUGUUUCAGAAGGAGGUUUUGGAGAGGGAGGGUCCGGACAAAGUGUUCGAAACGGACUGUAUGAAGAGUUUCGUCCGCCAGCUCAACCUGUAUGGAUUCAGCAAACUGCGCCGGGACGUCCACACAUCCAUCUGCCUUACCAGCUUUCUCACCGGAGGGGCCCCUGUCCACGUCCUGGGCAAGUUACAGUUCUACAGGAGCCCCUUCUUCAAGAGAGACUGUCCUCACCUGCUCCUGAGGAUGAAGAGGAGAGUGGCCGUGAAAUCCACAGUAAGGCAGAUGGAAAGCGAGCCCGAGCCCGACACCCUGGGCGUCCCCCCGGCGGCACCGAGGCCCGGCCUGCGACACGAGGGAGUCCUGUCCCCUGCCGGGGACCCGCCGGAGCCAGAGAGCAGCCCACAGGGCGAGGGCCCCACCAUCCGGGUCGGGAGCGAGUCGGCCCCUCCGGCCAUUCUUGGCGCGGCGGCCAGGACCACCGUGCCCGACACCCACGCCGCAGCAGGCCGGCCCGUGGACGGCCAGCCCCAGGGUGCCCAGGCGCCCAUGCCCCUCGCGCCGGACGUGGCCCAGCCCUCGGCCUUCCCCUGGGUCUGUGUCACCCUGCCUCCCGCGCAGAUACACCCUUACGCGUCGGUGCUGGGCCUCGCCCCCGGGCCCCCCGUGCUCCUCCCCGUGCCCACCGUGCAGCUCCCCGUGGCUGGGCUGCUGCCGCUCUACCACCCCUGGGUGCCCGGCGUGGCCGCUGUGCCUGGUGUGGCUGCCGGACCCGUCACCCCCGUGACCGUGACACCUCACCCCCCGAGCCCCUUCCACUGCUGUCCCGACUGCCGCUGUUUCCCCGAGUACCUGCCACGGGCCGCUUGGCCCCCCGAUUACCCCCCCUAGGCACACCACCGCAGCCAGGGGCCGUCUGGUUGUCGGAAAUCAGGCAGGUUAAUAAAAUGUGUCAGAAAGGGAGCCCCUUUCUGAUGAACCCCCGUGCUCUUGGCCUCUGCGAUGUUUCUUUCUUAGCAGCGGGCUAGGCCUCAGCUUUCUGCUUGCGCGGUCAAGAAUUUGGCACGACACCACUCCCGGUGGAUGCAGGGGCCCAGGAGACCCUCGGUCAGGCCCCUCGGGGUUUCCGCCUCCGCUCCUGAGGAAGGCCUCCGUGUGGCGGCGCCUGAGGGGUCCGAGAAGCUGGCAUCGGGGGCCGAGGGCUCACCA